AUGAAUGGAUUGAAAUUUACCAGGACCCUAUCCUUAUUAAGGGCCACUUUACCCAAACAACAGUAUCGCUUUAUGGGCCAAAAAGCAACAGCGGCUAGAGGCGGCACUACAGCCAGGCCGGCAGAAGGUGAAGUCAACAAUACCCCCAUAAAUUAUUUUGGUAGUGAUGCUGCAUUAUGGCGUGCCAAAGAUACACGUAGCGGUGGAUCCGAUGAACAUUUGUGGUACCAACCAUAUGUCAUCUCCGGAAGUUUGGCAAUAUUUCUGCUAUAUUUUUGUUUGUUGCGUGAAGAAAGCGAUAUUGAUUUGAAACUUGAGGGUAGUCUCUAUGAACACGUGCAGGGCUUGGAAGAAGUCCAGCUGUCCAUGAACUAUAAAUACAACAAAGAGAAUGGUUUGGACAACACACAAGUGGUGAAGAGAUUAACUGAAUUGGGUAUUGAUGUGAAACUAUUAGAUGGAGGCAAAUAG